AUGGCGACUUCGGCACCCAUUCUUUGUCCUCGUCCAGACCUGCGACAGGAGAAUACAGGCCUUGGAACGAUCCCUGCGAUGAUCGCCUCGACCCGAAGCGAACCAGCCCCGACUCUCAUCGCCGAGGCCAAGGAUUCCGUGACGAAUGAAUGCCUUGCCGGCUCUACCAUGUACCAGAAGGCCAAGCCCAUGGCCACAGGCAAGACCACGACCUUCUUCGCCCUGGAGCCCGAUCAGAUGGACCUAUUCACAGCGUCUGCUGCCACUCGGCCAGGCCCUGUGCAGCCCGCUCACAAGGUCGGGACGCGCCUCGUGCCAAACAUGCGUUCGCCGCUUGCCCUCAGCAACACUAAGAAGUCCGCUAGUGAUUAG